AUGAAGCGACUUCAGCAGACUUCUAUUGACAGUUUUAUCGGGACCGUCAACAAAAAAAGUAAGUCAAGUGUUAUCAAUGAAAGUAGUAUUCCAGAAUCAACAAGUAAUGAUCCACCUUCAGCACCAGCUUGUAGUUCGACCUUUAACAUUGAUACACCUAAAUUGGCUGAACCUGAGGCUGAGCUUGAGUCUUCGUUAAAGAAAAACGAUUAUAGUUUACUGGAUAUUGGAAAUUUUAUAGACAAGCUCUAUGAAUACAUAGUUGAAGCUCUUGAGGUUCUUCAAGAGAAACCUAACAGAGAGACUUCAGUUCAGGCUUUACAACUAUCUUCCACUAUUAUGAAUUCAGAAUUUAUUAUCACUCUUUUAACACUGAAUAACUUAUUCUCUUUUACCGUAAACUUAACAAAAAAUCUUCAGAAAAUUAAUGUAGAUUUGGUAGCGUGUGUUGAAUACGUCGAUUUAUUAGUACAGUCGAUCCAGUCAUCUAGAGACACUUGCGACAGAUCUUUUAAUAAUAUUUAUAAAGAAGCAGAAAAGCUUGUUUUGAAUAUUGGUGGCCAGAUUGCAAAACCAAGAACUGUAAGUCGUCAAACUCAGCGUGGAAACAUUCCGGCUGAAGAUGCUGAGCAAUACUAUCUUAGAAAUCUGUAUAUUCCAUUUAUCGAUCACAUUUUAGUUGAACUAAAAGAUCGUUUUUCUGAACAUCACAAAUUCAUUUCCCACUUGCAGUUACUUAUACCAGAAAAAUGUGUAAUCGCUAAAGCUAAACUCGAAACUUUUAAACAAAUUUGUGAAUUAUAUGACAAACAUUUUUGUUCAUUCUCGGCAGAAUUUCAUGUGUGGCAGAACAAGUGGAUUAAUGCCAAUUGUAAUAAUGAUAAUCUCCCGAGAACUGCCAUUGAGGCUUUUCUUAAUGCAGAUGGCUCGUUUUUCCCCAAUAUUAAGGACCUACUACAAAUACUGGCAACUUUGCCUUGCUCUACGGCAACUCCAGAAAGGACAUUUUCAACGCUAAGACGUUUAAAAUCUUGGUUAAGAAAUUCCACCCUUAAUGAAAGAUUAAACGGAUUAGCACUAAUGUCGGUACAUAGAGAUAUUCGAAUAAGUUCUGAAAACGUAAUAGAAAGAUUUUGUCUUAAAAACCGCAACAUACCUUUAUAA